UUUGUUAUCUUUCAUUAAAAUUAAUUUCUUACAGUGGUAAAAAUGGCAAGGGCUUAUACUAAAAAUGACUGUGGUAACUAUGGUAGGCACAUGUCUAAUGUUGAUUGAAACCGUUGUUACAGUGUUACUGAUUUAUGAACUGUACAUUUCAUAUUGGAGUCUUAUGCCAUUAUUGUGCCAUUGCUUUAUAAAAUCAUUCAUAACUUAAAUGUUAGGGUUGCUCUGGAUGAGUUUAGAAUUAAUAAUAUCUAUACAGUAAAUAUAUCUAGCAUAACUAAAGCCACACCACUGAGAGUUAUAGCUGACAAGCAACUCGGUAUGGUCUUGUGGCCAAUAUGAAUCCAUUAUUUUUGCUUUGCUACAGCAGAAAUGUAUAAUUCCAGUGGAGAUUUUGGCAAUGUUAGGUCAAAACAAUAUAUCUGUGUUCCUUAAUCAGGAUUCCAGGGUCCACUAAGGGGAUCAAGAUUAUUUAAAUUGGUUAAAAAUAACACAAAACAAAACACUGUAAGCUAAAAAAAAACUAGAAGGAAAAUCUAGAUUUUGUUUGGUCAUUUUUUUAUAAAUAUCUUUCUAGUAAGACUCUAGAAUAUUUUAUUAGAAAAAAAGUUUGUGAGGGUCUUCAAAUAUUGCAGACAAUAGAGUACCUUGAAGUCAAGGAGGUUGAGAUCAACUGUAUUAAAUAAGUAAAAAAGUUUUUUUUUGUUCUCCACUGGAUGUCACUGUUUCAAUAUGUGUGGUGUUUUUUUUUAGUUUUUAGUCAUUAUGUUGUCAUACUGUUACUGUACUGUAUGUAUUCAAAGGUAUCACAGUCAAAGGGAAUACAGCUAAAUCAAACCGUAACAUAUAUACAAAAUGUAUUUUAUUAACUAUAUGACAGACUGUAUACAUGAAAUCUGUACGCAGCCAUGUUGAGCUUGGUGUGACGUGUUUUCCUGUUUCUCACAUUUCCUUUAAUCUUUCACUUAAAGCUUUCUAGUUUGGUUACUUAGCUUCCUGUCUAAACAGAUGCUGUGUGAGAGUAAGAUGAGUCUUACAAAUGUUGACAUAUAGCAUGUAGUUGAUAUAUUUUAUUUCUUUGAUCAGUCUAUAAUUUUAAAUGCUCUUAUUUUAUCAAUAUUAAUCAUUCUUAAGCUAAAACUGAAGCACUAUUUGACCAUGACUGUGUCCACCUUGUGUUUUCAUUUGAUAUUUAUUUUAUUUGUCUCCCAAUGCCAAAGUAAAACAUGUUCACCAGGAUUUUACACAAAAGGAUCUAACUGUUUGCCGUGUGAGGAUGGUACUUUUCUGGCCUAUAGUAAUGCCCGUGAUUCUUGCCUGCCUUGCGAUACCUGUGAUACUGCCGGUGAUGAAGUUGAGGUCAAACCUUGCACAACAACACAGAACAGAGAGUGCAGAUGUAAACCUGAGUUUUACAGAUCUGAUACAUUUUGCAAACCCUGUAAUAUCUGCAGUAACUGCGCAGAAUGUACAAACUGCGAAAAGAAAUGCAACCCACAAAACAGAUUUACAACCACAAGGCCAAUUUGUGCGGAAGGCGAAUUUCUGGAUUUCCGAAAAUGUCGAAAAUGUUCAAAAUCUAACUGCAACAUUGAGGCAUGUAAAUCCUUUUGUGACGAACAAGAUUUGAAACCUCAUUAUGAGUCACUCUUGUUGUUGUCUUUGAUAAUCGUGAUUAUAUUGGGAGGUUUUCUGUGUCUUCUUCUCAUAUGGUUCUACAAAAAGAGAAGGCAUUGCUUGCGAGCAAAAAACUGGCUGCAACCUCCAAACAUUCAGAUUAAACCAGAUCAUCCUAAUGAUUUGUUCAUCGUUCCUUCAACAACGGUGAGAAAUAACUUGGCUUGCAAUGAAACCAUCAUCAAACCUCGCUCUGGUGCUCCAGUGACCACCUGUCCACACAACAUCAUUAGUGGAGAUUGGCACAGCAUCAUGACCCCCUUGAUUCCAAAAGGCGACUCAAAAUUGAUUCAGAUUCUACAGAAAGAGUUGUGGCCAGCACCGGUGCUCUACACUAUCAUAAGAGAGAUUCCCGUGCAACGUUGGAAGGAGUUUUUACGACUGCUCUCCAUGACAGAUGAUCAGAUGGAACGAAUUGAACUGGAGGCAGGCCCAUCCUAUCUAGAAAAGCAAUACGUGAUGCUACGUCUGUGGAGCCAAAGCGGCGAGGCAAAGCUGGAGAACAUCUACUCAACGUUACACUACAUGAACCUGUCAGGCUGCGCCCAGGAACUGCAAGAAAAGCUAGAGCAACUCCAAAAUGUGAACACUCCUUCAUCAUGACAGUAUCUUCUUAUGUGUGAGAGUUGCAUUCGAAUUUUGCAACAGUGGACACUGUGUUGCAGACUUUUAUAUUAUUAACAGGUUACUGUCACUAUAAUAAUUGAGCAAAUCUAAAUUAUUUAGCGCUGUUGUUAUGGUAUUUUUCAUCAGUUGUUUGUAUUUUUGUAUUUUAAGUUCUUUGUGCCACAGGAAGUAAUUACAGUACUGUACAAAUGUGAAUAGUUUAAAGGGGACAUAUCAUGAAUUGAAGUGCUAUAAUUGGGUCCCCAGUGCUUCUAUCAAACUAGAAAGUGUGACAAAGAACAUUUAGGUCAUUGAAAUUUGGCCCCUUAACAAUACCGCCCCUUACUCUGCACUAUAGAGACAGAGCGCAGUUAUGCAAAGUUGAAAACCACGCCCACCGGGGGGAAAACAAUCCAACUGUCUCCAUUGACUUUGUAUUGCGAGAGGCUGCCUCCUUGUCAUUUCUGGCUUAUAACAAAAAACAGAAUAAUGCCUAAAAGCUGCUGUGCGACAAUGUAAACAGCUAACAAGCCAAAAAAACAGAAAUAAGUUUUUAUAAGCUGUCGAGCCGUAAAACCCAGCCUUUAAGGAGAAAAAAGUGGACCCCGUUCUACUAAUAGGAGUACUAUGAAAAGUUGCCUGUUUCCACUUUUGUGUCUUUAAACGCUCGUUUUUUUGUCGACAGCUUAUAAAAACUUAUUUACAGAUAAAACUUAAAAACAGAAUAAUGCCCAAAAGCUGCUGUGUGACAAGGUGUACAGCUAACAAGCAAAAAAAAAAACAGAAAUAAGUUUUUAUAAGUUGUCCAGCCGUAAAACCCAGCCUUUAAAGCAACACUAUGUAGUUUCCAUGUAAAAAUGACUUACAGCUCCCCCAUGUGGUUGAAAAGCGCAACAGUGCCUGGUAUUAGACACUCUUCUGCAGGCAGAGGCGGGGCUGUGUGCUCUACCCUCCACCGCCACUUUCAAAGUGUGCUUGUAGCAGCUAAGAGGCUGCUCAGGUUACAGCAACAGUACAAUUUGUCCAGUUAAAAGUUGUUCUAUCACUGAAAUAAUGUUAGAGACAUUAUUUAAAGGUAAAAAAACUACAUAGUGUUGCUUUAGGGAGAUAAAGUGGAUCGCCGACUACGUUUCCCUCUAGUGGGCGCAGUUCUAUUAAUACUAGUACUAUGAAAAGUUGCCUGUUUCCACUUUUGUGUCUUUAAAAGCUCGUUUUUUGGGGUCGACGGCUUAUAAAAACUUAUUUCUGUUUUUUUUUUUG